GCAGAAUAACUUCUUUAUUCUCACAGAAAACUUUGCAUGAAAUUUAAAAUGUUACAUAAUAAAAAGACUGCGAUACAGCCAUUUAUGAAGCCAUUGAAUGUUGAUACUUACUUGAAAGUUGAACGUUAACUUUGAACUGUCUCAGAGUUACUGACUUACAUUGUUUUAAAAUAUUUUUAUUAUAGAUCUGUGACUUCUCUCACCACAUUCUGAAAUGCUGUGUCUUUUCAGUUCACCAUUUAGUAUUCCUUUGUGAAGGAAAGCCAUUUAAAGGCACAUCUGAUGAAUCCACAAAUUGUUCUUUAUGAAGCAGUUAAUUUUAUAAUUAAGUCAGAACCUUGUCUUUGCUAUUAACUAUUUAAUUGACUAGCAUGCUUAUUAAAUAUAAACAGAAUGGUCCAUUAUGUUUCAAAAUUUUAGUUUAUUUUUUCCUUGCAUUGGUUGUUUUUUUCUGUUAGGCCUUUCCCCUACCCUUUUCCAAAGUUUGAGGGCCAAAGUUAAAGUGUUUACACUUGGCUCCUGCUUCCUUUUUUGCCUCUUCUUUUGCCCUAAAAAUACUGUUUCUGCUUUGCCUGGAGAAGCCUUUGUAUCCUGGGACUGUAUCUUCACAGACAAGUGGUGUGGGCCUGUCCAGGCUUAUCUGUAUUGUGGAAUGCUUUGUGCUUAGCAUCUGAUACUCACCCUUUAUGUUUCAAGUGGUUUUGACAUUGGCUAGCUCUAAUCUGGACAUGUAGGCUGAAUGCACAUUAUUCUUUCCAGAGUGUACUUGGUUUUGCAUAAACAUAAAUCAAAAUUUCAGGGUAGUUAUGUCUGUUUUAGGGGGAGCAAGGGUACAGGGAGAGUCUUUUCCUCUAAAUUCAAAUUGCAGCUAUAGGAAAAGACAGCAGAACAUUUAAUUUUAACUGAUAUUUACUAAAAUAUUUACUUUAUUAGAUUAUUUUUUUAGUAAUGUGAAGUUGUAAUAUUUUAUGGUUGCCAAGCGAGUGAGGGGGUUUGUCACAGUAAAAAUAAGUUUAAGUGCUUUUUACUUGGUUAGUACAAAACAAACAAACAAAUUCCAAGAAUAUUAAGUUCAGACAUUUAUCUUGAGUAGGUGACAAAAAUGUAGACACGUGGCAGUCUGGAUGCAAGACAAAUGCCCAUUUCAAGUCUGUUCUGGAAAUUUGUACAUUUUGAAGUAGGUGGCAUGUUUUCAAAAAAAAAAAAAGGAAAAAAGAGCUUCAUUGUUUCAAGCCUCAUUAGACUUGUAAUAAACAGAGGAGGAAUGUAUGAACAGUUGAAAGCUCUAUAUGUUUUAAGGGAGUUGCAUUCCAAAAUAUAUAUUCUCAGAUAACUACUGUUCUCUUUCUUGUAUCUUUUUCCCUCUGUCUCAAACACAUAAUGUGUUUUGGCUGGCAUAUUUAGUUGUUCCCAGUAAUGGGAAUGGUUUAUGUUAACUAGUACUGCUGUAAUCAUGAUGGAAAGCAUUCCCAGUCCUUUUCCAUGAUUAUUGUCUGGCUAUGUGCUGGAUGAAGGUUUUUUUUCUUAGAUGCAUGGGUGUUGAAAGCAUUUAAAGUGUGAAUUUAACGGUGUCAGAAGCAGAGAUAGAAACUUUAAAACACAAGACUAUUUGGCAGUUUGAACAAUAUGGUAUGGCAAGAUUUUUACAUUUCCAUGUACCUUGCGUUUAAAGGAUGCUCACUUCUAAAUUCUAAUCGUUUUUGUGUUGACUGUUUUGUGAUGAAAAAGAUGUAACCUGUGUACAGAAGACUGUAAGAAUAUUGGGGGAUGUUGAUCUACCUGAUAUCAGAGCUAGUGUGGAAAAAGAGAAUUACAUUGAUUAAACUUUGGAUUAACAGUUUGUUUUUGGUUUUUUUUUUGGGGGGGAGGGUAAUGUUGACUUUAAAGUCAAAGACUGACAAUGUAAUUAUCAGCAAUGACCAAUUUGCAGUUUAAGAGUUUGGUUCAUUUGAGCUUUGUGAGGGCUACAGCUGUGGUCUCUGCAGUUAAAUUGUGAUCACUACAAAACUGGUUUUGGAAGGCAUCAGUAUAGGAAGUUACAUGUUCAAGAGGCCUGGGAUAAAGUACAUUUCUGUUGUUUUCACUCUUUUGGACAAGGCUCAGGCAUUAUGUAACAUCUCCAUGAUAAUAAUGUGGGAAAAAUGUAGUGACUUUCACUGUAAUGUAGCAAAUACAUUUUACAUGCAUUCUGGUUUACUGCAGUUGUUUUCAGGAUAAAAAAACCACAACCAAUUUGGUUUUUUCUUCUGUUAAAUUGCUGUAAUAAGCAUAAGUGUGAUUUAAAGAGAAAUACAGGGACUAAAAAAAAAAUACUUAAUUGUAAGAAGUGGUAUUAAUUAAUUCUCUGUGUGAACUAGCAUGGAACUGUGUGCUCCCCUCACUUCAGGAUAAGCAGAGAAGGUAGCCUGGCCCCUACCUGGUUGUCUUUGAUGUUCCACCCUGUGCAGGUCUCCCAGGUCCUUUUGCUGUUACAGGAUAACCUCAUCCAGAGGUGCUUUCCUUCUUUUCCAUGUGCUCACUGACUUUGUAGAAUGCAGCCCAAUCAAAUUAUUAAGAAUACUCUGAAUACCUGGAUAAAAAUGUUUAGUAAAGUGUUUGCAGGCAUAGCAAUGAUGUGUAGAAAUGUGAAACUUAGUAAAUCCUAACACAUAUAAUGGGGAAAUUUAAAUUUUGCAACUUGAGCUCUCCUUUAUAAAUGUGCCAUUUUACCUCCUGUCCUUUAGAUGAAUUAAGAUUGUUGCUUGUUUAUCUAAUGAAAAUGUGGAAGAGGAAGAAUUUCAUAUGAAUUGGAAAGGCAUUUAAAUAAAAAAUUAGUAUGUUAACAUCUUUAACAAUUUUGUGUAUAGUGGAAAAGAAAGAUAAUGGGAUGUUGAAAUGAGAAUUUUGUAUAUAUCUCAGUAUUUCAGGCAGUUUCAUUUGAAACCCGAUGGCAGUUUUGAAGAGUAAUUGUACUUUGCUAGUUCUACAUAGCUGAUACUUCCACGUGGAAUAAUGUGUUGUGUAUCUUCAGUAGCUCUGCAAAGAAGGGACACCCUGGAGGGGAGGAGGGGCUGUGCUGUUGUUGGGGCCACCUUGAAGAGUUUUCAGAGGUAAAAGCAGGGCUGGGGUAGCCCUUGGAACCAGCCUGAAAUCCUGGGUCUCUUCCUGUCUUCCACAGGAGGUUCCAGGCUCUGGAAACUCCACACUCCUGUGCUGUGUUAUCCAGGGCAGCUUCCUCCCUCCUCUCUUGUCUGUUCCUGUCAGAGUAACUCUGUUUCUAGCCAGAUCUAUUUAUGUAGCCCCCUUUAAUCCCCUGGGCUUUUCUGGCGUAAAUAAGGCAAAGAGAAAAUUUUUGUUAUAACUUUUCAAAUUUUAUAUGCUGGUUUUGUAUAUGAUUUCCCCCUAUAGUUUUUUCCAUCGCUUACUUCUAAACUAAAUUCUUUAUUGUCAUCCCUGGGAAAGCAGUAAUAAUUUUCAAAUUGCAUCUAGUAGUACUUAGCUGUGUCUCUGUUCCUUUUUUAAAAAAUGUACUUUUUAGUCUUCAAGCUUGGCUUGUUUUGAAUAUUUGUAAAAGUUAGAAAAAUAGUCAUUAAAAAAAGUUAAAUAUGUGGCAAAGUUAGAAAUCCUGGAAACAGAGACUCUAGAGAAUAAUUUUGAACUGUUUUCCUUCCUGAAAUCUUAAUUAUUCUGAGUGAAUCAGAAUUAAUGAAAACAUGUCUAGAAUACCCAAGUAUUUUUAUAGAUGAAGUACAGCCUGUCCAGGGAUAUGAAACAGAGGUUGCAGACUGCUUUUUGUCUCAAUACUUGUCUGGAUUAUGUGUAUAAAUCUCUUUUAUUUUGUAUUUUGUAUCAGUUUACAAAUUUUGAUUUUUUUUUCCUUACUUGAGUUUUUGUUCUGAUAUGUGAAAGGUCUCAGCUGAUUACCAUGAUGCAUUUUUUGUGCUUAAAAACUCACAAAAACCAGUGAUGAUCUUCAAAACACCACAACACAUAUAUAACAAGUUAUCUUUUUUCUUUCAGAAUUUCCAGAACUUGUAUGGUUUUGAAAUUGAGCAAAAGACUGGAAUUUGGAAUAAUCUUCACAUUUCUUUGAAUAAGAAGUAGCAAUGGAACGAAGGCAAAGAGGAGUCAGUGCUGGACUGCUUUUGCUGCUUUAUCAAAUUUCUCAAGUUGGACUCCAGAACAUUCCUUCUGUUACCCUUGGGGUACUUGUACUGAAUAUUUUUCUCUUUCUGAAUCCUUUGAGGCCACUGACUGAAGUGUGUCUCAGUGUAAAUGAAGCUGUCCACAGAAAGAACUGGCAGCGUUUGCUGCUUGCUCCUUUCCACCAUGCAGAUGAUUGGCAUUUGUAUUACAACAUGAUUUCCAUGCUUUGGAAGGGCAUAAUGCUGGAAAGAAAGCUGAAGAGCAUAUGGUUUGCCUACAUAAUUGCAGUAUUUUCACUACUGAUUGGAGUAGUUUACAUAGUGUUGGAACUCCUGCUUGUGAUAAUUUUGGAUGAUCCUUCCUAUGAAAUGAAUUGUGGUGUAGGUUUUUCAGGAGUCUUGUUUGCUUUGAAAGUUCUGAACAACCAUUAUAAUCCAGGAAGAGUGAGCAGUGUCUUUGGAUUGCCAAUAUCCAGUAAAUAUGCUUGUUGGGUGGAGCUGGUGGCUAUUCAUUUGAUCUCCCCAGGGACCUCUUUCGCUGGGCAUCUGUCAGGGAUUCUUGUUGGAUUGAUGUACACUAUGGGACCUCUGAAGAAGAUCAUGCGAGCCUGUGCAGCUGGCAUUUCUUUCUUCACUGAGCCUGACAGGCCAAGGGACUACUCUUCAGAGUAUUAUGGCUAUUAUCCAGAUUAUCAAUACAGAACUCCAAGGAGCUACUUUGAUUAUACAGGUGGGCUCACUGAAGAAGAACAGCUUGAAAGGGCAGUGCUAAACAGUCUUAAUGAAAGAGAUUUUGGUGGAGGAACACACAGCAAUGAGCGGCGGCCUUAUGGGUUUUGGUUCCCACCUGAGAACUCAGAGGAGGACAUGAGAAGGCAGAGGCUUCGUAGGUUUGACAGACGAUGAGGUUGGCAGGUGUUGGUGUAAAGUGCUAUUCAGACUUGCCAAAUAUUUACAGACAUAUUUGUAAUCUGUAAUUUACAGAAUACUUUAUAAUCUUCCAUUAUUUUUACUACUUGUUGCAAAACUGCAUAGGAUUUUAUGAGUUCAGACUCAGAGUUGGAACUUGAAUAAGAAAUGUGAGAUAAGAAUCAAAAUGUGAUCUUUGGCUGUAUCCAUCUUAAUGCACCUUAAAUGGAAGAAGACUGAUAGUUUUACCAAACUGUCUUUUUUUUCCUUAAAUUAUUUUGUAUAGCAUUGAGAAUUCCUUGGCUUUUUGUCUGCUGAUGUUCUCAGACAGCAGGUUUUCUUCAUCCAUUGCAGUUGAAACAUUACAGUUUCUACAGAACUUUAAAACUAUGCAAUUUUUCCUUACAAACCUUUCUCAGUUAUCUUUGAUGACUAGCUCAUUUUCAGGGAUUGCCGUGUGAAAUGACACUUGAAAAGAUUGCUUUGAUGACAGUGGCUGGGUCAUGUGAGUCUAGGUUUAAAGCUUUUGAGCCAAAAUAUACUUGCAGCUAUCCUUCCCCUGCUGUCCUUACCAAGGAAUUAUUUAAUACAAACUUCAGUGUUGCAGCCUUCCUCAUAUCAUAUUAUCUAGAGCUUGGAUGUGAUAAAACUGAGUUGUAACUACUUGUGUUUUCCUAAAGCCUUCCUAAAUAUUUAUCUUUUAAAUUAAAAACUGCUGCCCUUUACAGAGCUGAAAUCAUUUAUCAGGAGUUUUGUGUAAAGGCAUGUGGCUAUGCCAUACAAAGCAUAUAUUUAAUAAUAUACUUUUUAAAAAGCAUCCAUUUCCCUUUCUAAGAAGGCUUGGAAAUUAUAUUUUGUAUCUGCUGUUCAUGCAGCUUUCAAAGUUCCACUAUUUCUCAGUAUUUAUCUUGUUUGAAGACCAAUAUGAGACCUGGGUGUUUGUAGACUUGUGGAGAUCAUGGCUAAACACAGGCUACCUUAAAUUCUUCAUUUUUGAGAAUUUCCUUACCCAGCUAGAGGAGUUGACAGGAGACCUGAGAGCUCAGUUGUCCCUGUGGGCACACCUUCCACACAAGGCUGUCCUGCCUGUGGCACUGCUGCCUGUUCAUGUUAACUGAUGAACCUUGAGGGGUUGGGUUCCAGUAUCUCCCUGAAAAAUCACUCCUUGUCCAGGCAUUUUUCUCCUCAGGGAUGUUCCUCUAAAAUUAUUGCAGGGAGGUGUGAUGGCAGAAGAAUAAUUUGGUUACUGGCUUUUCACACAGACCUGUUGGAACCUCCUCAUCAGCACUGAUGGAGUAGAGAAUUAGGAUAAGCAGUUUAAGGGAUUCACCAACCUGUGCUUUAUGAAGUCUACUUUGCUAUGAGGUUAUUUUUUGAAUAUAAAGAACAGUGCUGUAUACUUCACACAGAAAAAUAUCCUGAAAGGAAAUUUUCUAUGGUGUUCUUUAAAUGAAUAGUACCUGUCCUUUCUGUUUGUAACUAAUGUACAUAGGGGGAACUCUAGUUUGCUGGGAAAAUCACAAUAUCAGGAUGCAGACUUUGUGCUCGGGGUUUUGGGACACAACAGGCACAACUGCAGUGGGAUUCCAUGUACAGACAGAAUGCUGAUUUCUGGUGUGAUCUUGGUUGCUUUUGUAUAUAUGCAAUAGCCAUAGAAUAAAACAGCAGACACUUCUAUAGAAGGCCAACUUUUUUAUGUUCACUGAAAAUAAGUCUCGAAAACCUCCAUAUUUUUCUCAGCAGGUAAUAAUUGGAUAUAAAUGAGAAGGAUGUAGCAUUGAUUCCUAACAAAUCCUUUAAUGUUCUGGUCAAAAGUUCCAGUAUAACAAUGUGUAUUAAGCUCUGAUAUUUUAUUUAUUUAAAAGCCCAGGAUAUGCUGCUAGUCAGGUAAAAAAAGAUAGUUAAGGAAAAUCAAAAACCAGAUUACAAUUCUAUAAGCACUUGGUUUUGUAAAGUGAGCUUAGACAUACAUGUUAUUAAAUAUUCACAAAAAUUGUCAGUACUAAUAAGUGUUUCGUUUUUUUGACUUUUUUUUGUAUACAGAAUUUAAAUAAAUAUUUUUUAACAUUUAAAAUGUUUGGUUUUAAUUU